UUCGAUGCACUAGUGUAUGUGAGUAGUUGUCAGGUAUCCAUUGAUUUGGAUUGAUUGGACGCUAGUUUAUUUUCAUAGUGUAUUGUGUGUUACUACAAAGAACCGAUCAGAUUUUAUCAUUGCAUUUGAUUCGAGAGUUAAAUCUAAUCGAAGAAGCAAAAAAUUCAGUUGAAACAAAGUGAUACUUUUAAUGAAACAAAAUUCGCGUCGGUGUUUUUUCAUUGGUGGAUGUGAGAGGGUGUGAACUGGGGAACUGAGUGUUUAUCACAAAGAAAGUUUUUUUCCACAAUUUUUACUCCGGAUUUCGUGCGGAUAAAGUGUAAACAAAGCGAAUAAAUUGCGACAUUUUUAUGCGGAUUAAAUGUAAUAAAUUGUGCAAUUGUCGGCGAAUUUCUUUUCUAUUCAAAUCGAAUCGGCUAUCAACCUAUCAAUACGAAAAAAAGUAGGCGAACCAAAAAGGAUAACCAAGACCGAUUGUAAAAAUGGCCUGGCGAUUCAAGGCUUCAAAAUACAAAAAUGCAGCUCCGAUUGUUCCAAAGCCAGAAGUGUGUGUCAGAGAUAUAUGCGUGGGCUCAUAUCAAACAUAUGGCAAUAACAUUGCCGCAUCGGCAAUGUUUAUGGCCUUUAAUUGGGAGCAUGCGGGCUCCAGUUUGGCUGUUCUUCCAAUCGAUGACUGCGGUCGUAAGAGCAAAACAAUGCCCCUUCUACACGGCCAUACAGACACAGUAACCGAUCUACAUUUCUCGCCAUUUCACGAUGGACUGUUAGCGACGGGAUCUCAAGACUGCUUAGUCAAAAUUUGGUACAUUCCGGAGAAGGGUCUGGAAACGUCACUCUCGAAUCCAGAGUGCACUUUCUCCCAUAAGCAAAGGCGCGUCGAAACUGUUGGAUUCCAUCCAACGGCCGAUUAUCUUCUACAUUCUACGUCUGCUGGCAAUGUCAGCUUAUGGGACAUAACUUGCCAGAAAGAAGUGUUCGCCAAUAACGAGCAUCCGGAAGUUAUUCAGUCAUUGAGCUGGAAAUUGGACGGUUCCAUAAUGGCGACUAGUUGUAAGGAUAAAAUGGUGCGUAUCAUUGAUCCGAGGGCACAGAAUUGCAUGACAGCAAUAGCUGAAAGCCACCAGAGUAUUAAAGAUUCGAGAGUUGUGUGGUUGGGCGACCAGAACCGUAUUUUGACGACAGGGUUCGACGCUGCUCGUCUUCGUCAGAUAAUAAUUCGUGAUUUAAGGAAAUUCAAUGUGCCAGAGAAGACAUUAGAAUUGGACUGUUCCACCGGCGUUUUAAUGCCACUAUUUGAUCCGGAUACCAAUAUGCUGUUCUUAGCUGGUAAAGGUGAUACAACUAUCUCUUACAUGGAAGUCACCGACAAGGAUCCACAUCUUAUCGAGGGUCUUCGCCAUAAUGGCGAACAGACCAAAGGUGCCUGUUUGGUACCGAAACGCGCUCUCCGCGUAAUGGAAGGUGAGGUCAAUCGCAUCAUGCAAUUGACAUCGAAUUCUGUCAUUCCGAUCAUGUAUCAAGUACCGCGGAAGACAUACCGAGAUUUCCAUGCCGAUUUGUAUCCGGAUACGAAUGGCUUCAAAACGAAUUUGACUUGUGCCCACUGGUUGACUGGCGUUAAUAUGCCGGUGCCGAAAAUGAGCCUCGAUCCAGCGAAACGUGAGCUCGGCGAUCAGCCAAUUGUGAUUCAUCGCGGAAAUCUUAAUGAAAUCAUAAAAAAUCAAGCAAACAAGCAAUCCAAACCACUAGCCAAUCAACAAAAUUGCAUAAUGUCAAUGGACAACAACGGAAUUUCCAAGCAGAAAUUGAAGGAAGAGGAUACGGAAAAUAUUCCUCUGUCGAAAAUCGAUAUUAUCAAAAAGUUUGAUAAUAAAUACCGCGAAGAGCACGAAAAGAUGACGACCAAAUUGAAGGAUGAACGACCGGACGCCGCUGAAAUACUCGAAAAAGAAGUUUUCGAGGAGGUACAAUCGACCGAAAAGGAAUUACCGUCACCAGUUCCACAGGGCCAAACGAAAAACGGUCAUACCACUCCGCCGAAGCCUUUGCCACGCACAAGCCGAAAUAAUUCCGUGUCUGAACAGGGUAAUGGUGUUGUUGUCACGGAAGAAAUAAACGAUAAAAUUCCCCGGCCAGUUGCCAGACCAAGAACGACUACAAGCUAUAAGCCUCGCCUUGGUCCGAAACCAUUCACUAGCUCGAACAGUGACAUAUCAUUUGAUAAAGUCUUUUCCGUGCCUCAAGUUCCCGGCGCUGACUCAACUGAUAUGGAACAUGCACGCGACGAAAAGUCAUUCGACAGUAAUGAUUGUAAGGAUGACGAUGAAGGUGUGGAAAAAGACGUAGAUGUUCAAGAUUCGACUGAAAAGAAUGGCAGUGAGAUUGAAGGGGUCAUCAUUAACGAUUACGUUGAAAGUGACUCGUUGGAAGAGGAUCUUCAGAAGGCCAUUUCUACUGCAGAACGGAGAAAGUUAACCGAAGAUAAUUCAGUGAAGGUUUUCGAGAAUAAUCGUUCCGAAUCGGAAAGUUCAUAUAAUGGUGACGGAGACAAGACUGAGAAUGAAUUGCGUAGAAUGUCCUUGAAUCGGAAUAGCAUUGCUGAACGAAAGAGACUCUACGAAAAUCGUUCGAAAAGCGUUCAGGAAGAGAAACCGCAAUCACCACUGCCACUCAUUCGCAAAGAUUCUCUGAAAAGUCGUAAUGACAACGGCAAAUUCAACGAAAAGAAUCGUUGCUUCUCAGCCGACACAAACAAAAACGAUGACAACGGCGACGAAGUGUUCAAAAAGCCGAAUAGUAACAGAAAUAGCAAAGCAUCCGAAGUGAGCACUGCAACGAAGAGAACUUCAACCGUGUUCGGUAAAGUUUCGAAAUUCCGCCAUUUAAAGGGAACACCGGGUCACAAGUCAUCCCACAUUGAAAACAUCAGGAACAUCAGUCGUCAAAUACCAGGAGAGUGUAAUGGCUUCCACGCUAAUCAUAAACGUGUAGCGGUGCCGAUAUCUGGUCCUGGCGGCAAAAUAGCUGUUUAUGAACUGAGCAAACCAGGCCGAUUGCCCGAUGGCGUCAUACCGUCAUUAGUCAACGGUAGUAACAUUAUGGACUUCCAGUGGAAUCCGUUUGAUGCGUCAAUGCUCGCAGUUGCUUGCGAUGAUGGCAUUGUCAAAAUGUGGCGCAUUCCCGACGAGGGACUGAACGAGCCGACAAACGUUCCAGAAAGUGAAUUGCCAGCUCAUUCGGACAAAAUCUAUUUCAUUCGCUUUCAUCCAUUGGCGAAGAAUGUCUUGCUCACUGCCAGCUACGAUAUGUCGAUAAAAUUAUGGUGUCUGGAAACGAUGACAGAGAAAUUGUGCUUGAAAGGUCAUACCGACCAAAUAUUUGACUUUGCUUGGAGUCCAUGCGGUGUGUAUGGCGCAAGUGUUUGUAAGGAUGGCAAAAUUAGAAUCUACAAUCCACGGAAAUCCGAAAAUCCUAUCGCAGAAGGACCCGGUCCGGUUGGUACUAGAGGUGCUAGAAUUAGUUAUGCUAUCGAAGGACAUUACAUUCUUUGUACAGGAUUUGAUAAAGUGUCAGAGAGGCGAAUCAGCAUUUACACAGUCAAUGAUUUGACCACACCGCUUAACACCGUUGGUUUAGAUGUUGCUCCUGCUAUUCUCAUGCCAUUUUACGAUGAAGAUAGCUCCACUCUGUUCGUGACUGGAAAGGGCGAUUCCACAAUCUAUGCAUUCGAAAUAACAGAUGAGGCACCGCAUAUAUGUCCCCUAUCACACCACAGGGUGUCAACACUGCAUCAAGGUCUUAGUUUUUUGACCAAAAAUCAUUGUGAUGUCACUGCUGUCGAGUUUGCCAAAGCUUUACGUCUGACAAACAACACCAUUGAACCAUUAAGCUUUACCGUUCCGCGAAUCAAAAAUGAAUUGUUCCAAGACGAUCUGUUUCCUCCCACUCGUGUCACAUGGACCGAAACAAUGAGCAGCGGCGAAUGGUUUAGUUUGAAAGAUAAAAAGGUUCAGAAAAUCAGUUUGCAGCCCGAGGGAAUGGAAAGUUUGUCGUCUAUUCAGCCGAAUCCCCAGCCACAAAAUAAAUCUACUGAUCAAACGCCAAAUAUUAUGCAGACUUUCAACAGACACGGUAACGACUUUGACAAGUCCAAACAGGAUGAGAUACAAAAAGCACUUAGUGCUCGAAUGGAAUACAACACAAAACUUGAGCAGGAUGACAUGGAAGGAGUUCCAGACGAAGAAUGGAAUGAAUGAACGACGGGACAGCGAGAACGUAAAGGACUACACAGAAGAAAAAGAAAGGAAAAUGUUUAAAAAAAAAAUUGAAGUAAAAUGGAAACUGUCUGAACGCUUUUUUUCCCCACUACUCACUAACUCUAGUACUUAAAUUUCCAUACUUUUUGUUUUUGUUUGGUUUUUCUUUUUUUGUAAGAGAUAAGGCGAAAUUCAUAUAAUCCAUAAAAUUAAAACUAAAAUACGAUUUUUAUACAAUUUUUCUAAGAAUUAUAAGAGGAUGAGAACGAGAGAACAACAAGGAUAAUGAAGAAAGAAAAAAAUAAAACAAACAAAACACAAAAAAAUUAUUAAAGAAACACAAAUGGUUGUUAAACUUAUAUUAUAUUUAGCUAAAUAAUUACAAUUAUUCACAUCGACGAAAAGAUAAAAUUAUUUAGUCACAUCACCCACAUUAAUUACACACACACACACAAGCAGACACUCUCUGGUGAUUUUCGAAUUCCAUUUCGAAUGAAAUAUAUUUAAAAUUUUGUGCGAUUGAAGUAUAAAAUGGAAUGGAAGAAGAAGAA